GUGAUGAGCGCGGCGGCACAUCCGUCUCCCCCCGGCGCCGCGAGAGGUUGGUCGAGCCCGAUAUGAUGGCGCCGGGGCGCGCCGGGCACGGGCCGUAGCCGAUGCCGGGAGCACGAUGAGCGAGUGGCGGAGGAUGUUUGAGCAGACCCUCGCCCUUCCUCCGCACAGCCAGCGCAGGCGGGGCCGCCCGCUGCCUUCCACGGCCUUCCGCUGCGUCCUCAAGUACCUGGAAGGGGCCGCCCUCGCCCAGGGAGCCGAGUACCAGCUGCGUCUCUCCCUCUUUGAUGCCACCUACCACCAUUUCUUCGGGAGGACGUGGCACAGCGGCUGGCGAGCUGCCCGGGUCACCCCGCCGCGCCCGGCCAGGGCGGCUUUCCACGAGACUGUGUACUUCCACACCUCUCUGAACCAGCCCGGCAUUGCUGCUGUCGUGGAAGUGGUGGUGGCGGCUGGGAGAGGGGAUGGAGGCUCUCAGCACCGCUCCUGUGGCUUUGGGCUCAUCCCCCUCUUCGGCGGCGGGUCGGAGGCGACGGAGCCGGCCGCUGAGGACAGAGCACUGAAGCUGUACCAUGGGACACCACGUGCCUUACUGCAUCCACGCUUCCAGGACCCUCUGGAAAAGAACAAAUACUUGAUGGUGAUGGAGAAGAGCCACCUGCAAUAUGCCCUGAAGCCCCACCAACCCCUGGAGACAGUAUUUCACCUCCUUCCUGAAAACCUUCUGUUGUCUGGGCUGCAGACCAUUCCUGGCUUGCUGCCAGCACGAGGAGGUGCAAGCGACUGCUUGCAGAAGCCCCGGCUGAUGAAGCCGGUCACCUGCUACCUGGAGAAGCUGCGUGUCCAGCUGCUCCCUUCCUUGGAGGAGUUUGAGGAGGAGCUGCUGGAGCUGCUGAACGAGGAUCGCUUACUUCAGGCCAGCGCCGUGCCCGGUGGCGAUGGGCUGGGGGUCCGGGAGCGGCGGCUGCACGUCGGCGUCCACAACGGCCUGCGCUUCGUCCAGACCCCGCAGGUGGCCGUGCUGGUGCCCGAGGCUGAGGCUGGUGGCUGCCCAGGGGUGCCUGGCAUGGGGGCCAGGGGUGAAGGUCAAGCCCUGGUCCUGAGGAGCCGCAUCCACUUGAGCGAAAUGGUCCCUCACCCGGCGUUUCGGGUCUGCUUCCAGCUGGAGUAUGUCUUCUGCAGCUCGGGGAGAGCUGCUGGGAAGGCCCUGCCCGGUGCCGGCGAGGCAGCCGACAUGCGCUCGGUGCGCUGGGCCGUCUGGAGCCCCGUCCUGGAUGCCGACGAGGCUGAGGUGGUUCUGCCCCUGCGCGGCGGUGCCCAGCGCGGCCCCUGCCAAGCCCUGGCCUACCGCACCGGCAGCAGCUCCCGCCAGGGGAAGCACGUGGAGUCUGGGACUGUCCAAUUCCAUGUUUCCACUGAUUCGGAAGAACAUCUUGUAACUGGAGCGGAGACGCUGCACAGAGACGGGGACGAGCCGCAGGAGCCUCCCACGCCGCCGCUGAGUUCUACAGCCCUGCUGCCAACGGCCUCCCCACGGGGACCAGGGCUCUCAGUGUCCCAGCUGUCGGCUGUGCCUCGGGGCCGGGUCCCGGCACAGGGAGCGGGGAUCACUCACCUGGAAGCCGCCCUCGGCUCUCCGGACGCGGAGCCGAGCGCUGGGGAGCAGCUGCGAGCGCUGCCCUUCGCCCCGCUGCAGGUGCCCGUGGCUGCCGUGGGGCUGCAGGCAGGCAGCUCCCCCACGCUGCCGUCCCGUGCCUCCCUGGCACGCCUGCACGCCGCCGGCUUCCCCGAGAUCCUGGACUGCAACCAGGAGCCGGUGGAAGUCUCGGAGCCGGGGGACCCCGUGAGUUUCAGCCUGCAGCUGGAGGAAGCUGACCCUCUGCAAGGCAAUGAAGUAGUGCUGCAGUUCCUUGGUUUUGACAGGGAUGCCCAGGAUGGUGCAGAGGGGACGUGGCCACAGACCAUCUUCCUCACCUUCCAGUUCUACCGUUUCCCACCAGUCACCACGCCACGGCUGCAGCUGGUGGGCACGGCCGGGGGACUGGCGGUGCCGGCACAGCUCCUUGUCCAGCUCAACAAGGACGGCACCCUCAGCACCGGGCCGCCGGGGCUGCAGCUGAGGUACCUGGUGGAGCCCGCGUUCCUGCGGCCCGGGGAGCAGCGCUGGUUCCUGCGCUACUUGGCCGAGCACAGCCUCCAGAUUGACGUCUGGGAUGGAGACUCCCUGCUCCUGGUCGGCUCAGCUGCCGUGAAACUGAAGCCGCUGCUGCGCCAGGGCCGGGCGGCCGUCAGGACCCACCACGAGCUGGAGGUGACCACGACCGAGUACGAGCCGGAGGUGGUGGUGCUGGGCCGGGAGGCUGUGCGGCACGGAGCCCUGUGGCCCCUCGGCGUGCGCGUGGCACUGCGGGGCCGCCUGCACCUCUGCUUGGCCAACGUCGGCCACCUCUGUGAGGAGGCCCCGGGGCAGCCGCCGUCCCCGCAGCCGUCCCGCAUCGUGCCCCCACCUGACGGUGCUCCCGGCAGCUGCAUCCCCCUGAGCGCGGCCGGCGGUGAGUCUGUGCCAGUCUGUGGCACCGUGCUGCCGGCGCUUUACCCCCAGCCGUGGUGUGGUGGUCUCCUUCCCUUUCCCGGCACCAUGGCAGGUUUGGGGUCCGCCACCGGUGCCAUGGCGCUUCUUCCCGCAGGCGGGUGGGUGUCGCGGGCGCGGCGGCUGGUGGAGGUGGACGGCGAGCUGGCGGCUGUGCUGCAGAGCCAGCGGCCGGAGCCGCGGCCGGGCCCCCCGGCUGCCCACAGCGAGGCCGCGGCAGCCCGGCGGCGCAAGCUGCGGCGCAUGGCGCUGGUGCGGCAGCGGGAGGACGCCGGCAGCGGGAGGAUGUCCCAGCUCUCGGAGCGGUGCGCCCGGCACGUGCGGGACCUGCAGAUCAUCGACGCGUACCGGGAGCACACCAAGGGCGAGAGCAUCUCGCGGGUGCUCAGCCAGGCCAUCACCUCCACACACACCGUGCGCGCCGUGAUGGGGACGGCGGAGUUCUUCGAGUUUGCCCUGAAGAACCCCUACAGCGUCCAGCACACCGUGACCAUCGAGGUUGACCACCCUGACCUCAGCGUCAUCCUGGACCCCAGGGAGUGGCGUCACUUCAAGGAGCUGACCAAGAGCGUUACACCGGUGGAGGAGGAGAUGUUCCACCUCCGUGACGACCACAGGCCUCAGGUCUACCUGCGCCCCAAGGAGACCAUCCGCAUCCCCUUUAAAUACCAGACCUUCUCUGCAGACCCCGCAGUCACCGUGGCACAGGGGCCGGCAGGGCUGGGCACCGGUGCUCAUGCAGCCACACACUCCCUGGGGAAGAGCGGGGCUGGGCAGACAAAGCACAUCCAGGUCUCCUUCCAGGUGAGCGGGGGGAAGCCCAUCGCGCUCCUGCAGGUGAAGGUGGAGCCGCAGCCCCACGUGGUGGAUCAGACCUUCCGCUUCUACCACCCAGAGCUCACCUUCCUGAAGAAGACCAUUCGGCUGCCCCCAUGGCACACCCUUCCUGGCGCGCCGGUGCGGACGCCGGGGUGGCAGCCAGAGGUAUUUGUUCGCUGCAGUGACCCCGACAUCAUCUGUGAAACCAAAAACAUGGGGCCCGGCGAGCCGCAGGACAUCUUCUUAAAAGUAGCUGGAGGACCAAGCCCACAGAUCAAGAAGUUCUUUGUUGCUAUUUACAUGGACGCGUGGCUGGCGGCUCCUGUGCAGAUCUGGCAGCUGUACCUGCACUCGCUGCAGCGCCUGGACGUGGGCUGCACGGCCAGCCAGCUCGCCCGCCUCUCCCUGCUGCUGCGGGGCACCCCGGCCCCGCGCAGGGUCCGCGCCUUCACCUCCCACCCCCAGGAGCUGCAGGUGGAUCCGGACGGCGCCUUCCUUCUCCCUGCCAACGGCAUCCAGGAGCUCCGCAUCGGCGUGCGGCCCCGGCGGGCCGGCAGCAGGUUCCUCUACCUCAACCUGGUGGAUGUGGAGUCCCACCAGCUGGUUUCCUCCUGGCUGCUGUGCCUGACCUGCCGGCAGCCCCUCAUCUCCAAGGCCUUCGAGAUCUCGCUGCCCGCGGCGGGCGGCAGAGGCUGCAACAAGCGCAUCACCUACACCAACCCCUACCCCUCACCCAGGACCUACUUCCUCUGCACCAACCGGCCCGACCUCGUGCAGUUCAAGGAGGACUCCUUCGAGGUCGCUGGUGGGGAGGUCUACACCAUCGGGCUGCGCUUCGCCCCGAGCCGCAGCGUGGGCGAGGAGGAGAUCCUCAUCCACAUCAACGACCAUGAGGACAAGAACGAGGAGACCUUCUGUGUGAAGGUCCUGUACCAGUGAGGGUGCCCAGCUGCCUGGAUGCCCGUAUCCCUCCGGCCAGGGCUCGUGCUGGGAGCGCCGUCUCCUCACGCUCACCUCGCCAAGCCAGGAGCUGCGGCUGUCCCCCAGCGGCUGCUGGCGGCGCCGUGCGGCUCUGUCGGCACAACCCAGGGCCAGUGUGUGUGGUGCUGCCCGCCGUGGCUGCAGGAUGCCUUGAUUUUUGUCAAGUGCUACUAUCUUUUAGACACCUUGGAAUCUUUUUUUAACUUAAAAGGUUUGCAGAUCUGACUCUGCAGCGCGUUUGUGAAGUAUUUCGUAUUUCACGGUGAGUUUUGUACGCACACAAGUCGCUUGCUGAUGUUUUCUAGACUUUUUUACUCAUUGUUGAUCAAUUAAACUUGCUGCACAGCCUUGGCA